GCGCUGUGGGCGAGAAGCAGUGGGCCUAGCCGUUCGGCAUGAUGGCUGUAAGGUGACCGGGACUAGCGGUGACGGGACCCGUGCGGUCACCUCUUCAAACUGCGGCUGUCACCCAUGAUCCCAGCCAGCAUGUCUGGUAUAAUGACGAUGCUCCAGCAGUUUGCCAACGGCCUGCGCAGUCGAAAUGAAGAAACGCGCACCAAGGCGGCCAAAGACCUGCAACAUUAUGUCACCACAGAGCUACGGGAGGUGAGCCAAGAGGAAGCCACUCAGUUCUACGAUGAACUCAAUCACUUUAUUUUUGAGUUUGUUUCCAGCUCGGAUGUGAGUGAGCGGAAAGGAGGGAUUCUUGCUAUAGUGAGCCUGAUGGGGGUCGAGGGAGGAAACGCCACCCGAAUAAGCAGGUUUGCCAACUACUUGCGCAACCUGCUCCCUUCCAGCGACACAGCUGUGAUGGAGAUGGCCUCCAAAGCUAUGGGCCGCCUUGCUAUGGCAGGAGACACCUUUACAGCAGAAUAUGUGGAAUUUGAGGUUAAAAGAGCCCUGGAGUGGUUGGGACCCGAAAGGAACGAAGGGCGACGUCAUGCUGCGGUUCUGGUGCUGCGAGAAUUGGCCGUUAGCGCCCCUACGUUCUUCUUCCAGCAGGUCCAGCCGUUCUUCGAUAACAUUUUCUACGCUGUGUGGGACCCAAAACAAGCAAUUCGCGAGGGGGCUGUGGCAGCCCUGAGAGCCUGUUUGAUUUUGACUACACAGCGUGAACCUAAAGAGCUGCAGAAACCCUUGUGGUAUAGGCAAACAUUUGAGGAAGCUGAGAGGGGCUUCGAUGAGACUUUGGCAAAGGAAAAGGGUAUGAAUCGAGAUGAUCGGAUCCACGGAGCUCUCCUAAUCAUCAAUGAGCUUGUGAGGAUAAGCAGCAUGGAAGGAGAGCGUCUGAGAGAGGAGAUGGAAGAGAUCACGCAGCAGCAGCUGGUGCACGAUAAGCACUGCAAAGACCUCAUGACAUACGGGCUGAAACCGCGCCACAUCACCCCCUUUGCCAGCUUCCAGUCUGUACAGCCUCAGCCUUCCAACGCCUUGCUAAGUCUCCUAGGGUACACCGGACAGCAAGGAAUUCUGGGCUACGGAGCAGCCCCCAUGCCAGACAAAUCUACCUUGGUGGAGAGUCGGACCUGCCGAGAUCUAAUAGAGGAGAAAUUUGACCAGAUCUGCCGUUGGGUUUUAAAAUGCAGAACCAGCAAAAAUCCCUUAAUCCAGAUGACCACCCUGCAUGUCCUCCCGCGCCUGGCAGCAUUCAGACCGUCUUCUUUCACAGCGGAUCAGUAUCUCCCAGACACGAUGAAUCACUUGUUGAGUUCUGUGCGGAAGGAGAAAGAGCGUACCGUGGCAUUCCAAGCUCUGGGGCUCAUCUCUGUGGCUGUCAGGUCUGAGAUUCGCCCCUAUUUGCCGAAAAUCCUUGAACACGUGAAAGCCGCUCUUCCUCCCAAAGACUUUGCUCACAAGAGACAGAAGUCUAUACAAGUCGAUGCCACUGUGUUUACCUGCAUCAGCAUGUUGGCACGAUCUAUGGGUGCAUCCAUACAGCAAGAUGUCAAAGAGCUGCUGGAACCCAUGCUGUCCGUAGGCCUGAGCCCUGCAUUGACAGCUGUACUGUAUGACUUGAGCCGUCAUAUCCCCCAGCUGAAGAAAGAUAUCCAGGAUGGGUUGCUGAAGAUGCUGUCUCUCGUUCUUAUGCACAAACCUCUGAGGCACCCCGGGAUGCCUAAGGGUCUCGCACAACAACUGUCCUCGCCAAGCCUCACCAAUAUUCCCGAAUCCAGCGAUGUUGGCAGCAUUACACUUGCUCUCCGCACUUUAGGCACCUUUGAAUUUGAAGGUCACUCGUUGACUCAGUUUGUGCGUCACUGCGCUGACCACUUUCUGAACAGCGAACACAAGGAGAUUCGGAUGGAAGCCGCUCGCACCUGCUCACGGUUACUGACUCCCUCCAUUCAGCUUCUUAGUGGUCAUGGGCACGUAAGCCAGACCGCCGUUCAGGUUGUGGCGGAUGUUCUUGGUAAACUGCUGGUUGUCGGGAUAACAGACCCAGACCCUGAUAUCCGAUAUAGCGUAUUAGCAUCAUUAGAUGAACGCUUUGAUACCCAUCUGGCGCAGGCAGAGAACUUGCAAGCUCUCUUUGUGGCCUUGAACGAUGAGGUUUUUGAGAUAAGGGAGCUGGCCAUAUGCACCAUCGGACGUCUCAGUAGCAUGAACCCUGCCUUUGUCAUGCCUUUCCUACGCAAGAUGCUCAUCCAGAUUUUGACCGAGCUGGAGCACAGCGGUGUUGGGAGGAACAAGGAGCAGAGCGCCCGAAUGUUGGGACACCUCGUCUCCAACGCUCCACGGCUCAUCCGCCCCUAUAUGGAACCGAUUCUUAAGGCACUUAUCUUAAAGUUGCGAGACCCGGAUCCAAAUCCUGGAGUAAUAACAAAUGUCCUUGCAACCAUUGGAGAGCUGGCGCAGGUCAGCGGACUGGAGAUGAGGAAGUGGAUGGAUGAACUGUUUCCUAUAAUUAUGGACAUGCUGCAGGACUCAUCCCUACUCGCCAAGAGACAGGUCGCCCUAUGGACCCUGGGCCAACUGGUCGCGAGCACGGGGUAUGUGGUGGAACCAUACAGAAAGUAUCCGUCUCUGCUGGAGGUGCUGCUUAACUUCCUAAAGACUGAACAAAACCAGGGUAUUCGGAGGGAGGCUAUCCGUGUGCUUGGGCUUCUGGGAGCGCUUGAUCCAUAUAAACACAAAGUUAACAUAGGGAUGAUUGACCAGUCGCGAGAUGCCUCUGCUCUUAGCAUGUCUGAGUCCAAGGGCAGCCAGGAUUCUGCUGACUACAGCACCAGCGAAAUGCUAGUAAACAUGGGGAACCUGCCCUUGGAUGAGUUUUACCCAGCCGUGUCAGUGGUCACACUCAUGAGAAUCCUUAGGGACCAGUCCUUGUCCAACCAUCACACCAUGGUGGUCCAAGCCAUCACCUUCAUCUUCAAGUCUCUAGGGCUCAAAUGUGUGCAGUUUCUUCCGCAAGUGAUGCCAACUUUUCUCAGUGUUAUCCGUCUUUGUGACAACAACAUCCGAGAGUCACACCAGCCCUCUCCUCAAAAGAGGACAGGACUGAUGUCCCCCCAGUUCAUGUUCCAGCAGCUGGGGAUGCUCGUCUCUUUCGUACGGAGCCACAUCCGCCCCUACAUGGAAGAAAUCUUUGCUCUUAUCAAAGAUUAUUGGACCAUGAACAACCCCAUUCAAAGCACCAUCAUUCUCCUCAUCGAGCAGAUUGUGUUGGCCCUCGGCGGAGAGUUCAAGCUGUAUCUACCCCAGCUGAUCCCCCAUAUGCUACGGGUGUUUAUGCACGACAGCAGCUCGGGGCGCUCUGUGACUAUAAAGCUGUUGAAUGCUAUCCAAAUGUUUGGAGCGAAUUUGGAUGAUUACCUGCAUCUUUUGUUACCACCGAUUGUGAAGCUUUUUGAUGCACCCGAUUCUCCGAUUCUAGCCCGAAAAGCGGCGUUAGAGACAGUGGACCGUCUUACCGAAUCGCUCGAUUUCACAGAUUAUGCCUCCCGUAUUAUCCACCCUAUAGUGCGCGCCCUGGACGUCAGCCCGGAGCUGAGACAGACGGCCAUGGACACGCUCUCCUCCCUAGUCUUCCAGCUGGGGAAGAAGUACCAGAUAUUCAUUCCAAUGGUGAAUAAAGUGUUGCUGAAGCACCGAAUAAUGCACCAGCGCUACGAGGUUCUGACCUGCAGGAUCCUAAAGGGAUACACGCUUGCCGACGAGGAGGAGGAUCCGUUGAUUUAUCAGCAUCGGGCGCAAAGAGGGAACCUGGGUGAGACGUUUGCCGCUGGGCCCUUAGACACCGGACCCAUGAAGAAGCUCCACGUCAGCACCACCAACUUGCAGAAGGCUUGGGGAGCCGCACGGCGCGUCUCCAAGGACGACUGGUUGGAGUGGCUGAGGCGCCUGAGCGUGGAGCUCCUUAAAGAUUCCUCUUCACCCGCCCUUCGUUCAUGUUGGUCUUUGGCGCAGGCCUAUAAUCCUCUGGCCAGAGAUUUAUUUAACGCGGCCUUCCUCUCCUGUUGGUCGGAGCUCAAUGAAGAUCAGCAGGACGAGCUGAUUCGAAGCAUUGAACUGGCUCUUACCGCGCAAGACAUUGCCGAGGUCACGCAGACGCUGCUGAAUCUGGCGGAGUUCAUGGAGCACAGUGACAAGGGCCCUUUGCCACUGAGGGAUGACAAUGGCGUGGUACUUCUGGGAGAGAGAGCAUCCAAAUGUCGAGCCUACGCCAAAGCCCUCCACUAUAAAGAACUGGAGUUUCAGAAAGGGGCAAACCCUGCCAUUCUGGAGUCCCUCAUCAGCAUUAACAAUAAGCUGCAGCAGCCCGAAGCGGCGUCUGGCGUCCUGGAAUUCGCCAUGAAGCAUUACGGGGAACUGGAGAUACAAGCCACUUGGUACGAGAAGCUGCAUGAAUGGGAGGACGCUUUGGUCGCGUACGAGAAGAAGCUGGAAGUGAACAAGGACGACGCGGAGCUGAUUCUGGGGCGCAUGCGCUGCCUGGAAGCACUCGGUGAAUGGGGGCAGCUUCAUCAACAGUGCUGCGAAAACUGGACCAAUGUGAACGAAGAGGCCCAAGCCAAAAUGGCGCGCAUGGCAGCGGCAGCCGCAUGGGGCUUAGAGCAGUGGGACAGUAUGGAAGAGUACACCUGCCUCAUCCCGCGGGACACACACGAUGGAGCGUUUUACCGAGCUGUACUCGCGCUCCAUCAGGACCUCUUCUCACUGGCCCAACAGUGCAUUGAUAAAGCCAGAGACAUGCUGGACGCCGAACUCACCGCAAUGGCUGGAGAAAGCUACAGCCGUGCCUAUGGGGCUAUGGUCACCUGUCAGAUGCUGUCUGAGCUGGAGGAAGUGAUCCAGUACAAACUGGUUCCAGAACGUCGCGAGAUAAUCCGCCAGACCUGGUGGGACAGACUCCAGGGCUGCCAACGCAUUGUUGAGGACUGGCAGAAGAUCCUGAUGGUGCAGUCCCUCGUGAUCGGCCCCCACGAAGACAUGAGGACGUGGCUGAAAUACGCCAGUCUGUGCAGCAAGAGCGGCCGUUUGGCUUUAUCUCACAAGACGUUGGUGAUGCUUCUCGGCGUGGACCCUGCACUGGAAAGCGACCAGCCGUUACCUACCGCGCAUCCUCAGGUCACCUACGCCUACAUGAAGUACAUGUGGAAGAGCACGCGAAAGAUUGAGGCUUUUCAACACAUGCAGAAGUUCGUGAACAACGUGCAGAUGCAGGCGCAGCACGUCGGGGACGACCCGCAGCGCAAACAAGAACUGCAAAAGCUCAUGGCCAGGUGUUUCUUGAAACUUGGUGAAUGGCAGUUGAGCCUGCAGGGCAUUAAUGAAUGUACUAUCCCCAACGUGUUGGAGUAUUACAACGCAGCCACGGAACACGAUCACAACUGGUACAAAGCCUGGCACGCUUUAGCGGUGAUGAACUUCGAGGCCGUGCUGCAUUUCAAGCACCAGAACCAGAUCCGAGAGGAGAAGAAAGUGAGGCAUCCCAGCACGGCCAGCGCCAACACCGAGGGCAGCGAGAGUGACAGCGAAGGAGACAGCGCCGAGAACAGCCCCGUGCCUUCCCCUGUACAGAAGAAACCACCGGAGGACACAUCUCACAACCUUCUGCAGUACACCGUGCCGGCCGUACAAGGAUUCUUCCGCUCCAUCUCUCUGUCGCGAGGAAACAACCUGCAGGACACGCUACGAGUCCUCACCCUGUGGUUUGAUUAUGGUCACUGGCCGGACGUCAAUGAAGCCCUCGUGGAAGGAAUCAAGACUAUUCAGAUAGACACCUGGCUACAGGUGAUCCCUCAGCUCAUCGCCAGGAUAGACACUCCGAGAGCUCUCGUGGGACGACUUAUCCACCAGCUGCUGACGGACAUCGGCCGCUAUCACCCUCAGGCUUUGAUUUACCCGCUCACCGUGGCCUCCAAGUCAACAACCACGGCUCGUCACAACGCGGCAAACAAGAUUUUAAAGAACAUGUGCGAGCACAGCAACACGUUGGUGCAGCAGGCUGUGAUGGUGAGCGAAGAGCUGAUCCGCGUGGCCAUUCUGUGGCAUGAAAUGUGGCAUGAAGGCCUGGAGGAGGCGUCGCGGCUGUACUUUGGGGAGAGGAACGUCAAGGGGAUGUUUGCUGUUCUGGAUCCUCUUCACGCCAUGAUGGAGAGGGGGCCGCAGACUCUGAAGGAAACCUCGUUUAAUCAGGCGUAUGGCCGAGACCUGAUGGAGGCUCAGGAUUGGUGUAGAAAAUAUAUGAAGUCCGGGAACGUGAAGGACUUGACUCAGGCCUGGGAUCUUUAUUACCAUGUCUUCCGCCGCAUCUCCAAACAGCUGCCUCAGCUCACCUCUUUGGAGCUGCAGUACGUGUCGCCCAAGUUGCUCAUGUGCCGAGACCUGGAGUUGGCGGUUCCAGGAACGUAUGAUCCCAACCAACCGAUAAUACGCAUCCAGUCCAUUGCCCCGUCCCUGCAGGUCAUCACUUCCAAACAGAGACCACGCAAGCUGACUUUAAUGGGGAGUAACGGCCACGAGUUUAUGUUCCUGUUGAAGGGGCACGAGGACCUGCGUCAGGAUGAGAGGGUGAUGCAGCUUUUCGGAUUGGUGAACACGCUCUUAGCCAACGACCCGGCUUCCCUGCGGAAAAACCUUAGUAUCCAAAGAUACGCCGUCAUCCCUCUGUCCACCAACUCGGGGUUAAUCGGAUGGGUGCCCCACUGCGACACGCUGCACGCCUUGAUCCGAGACUAUCGGGAGAAGAAGAAAAUCCUGCUGAACAUCGAGCAUCGGAUAAUGCUGAGGAUGGCUCCGGAUUACGACCACCUCACCCUGUUGCAGAAGGUUGAAGUGUUUGAACAUGCGGUAAACAACACCGCCGGAGACGACUUGGCCAAACUGCUGUGGCUAAAAAGCCCAAGCUCAGAGGUUUGGUUCGAUAGAAGAACAAACUAUACCCGUUCCUUGGCUGUGAUGUCCAUGGUGGGUUAUAUCCUGGGUCUGGGUGACAGACACCCGUCUAACCUGAUGCUCGACAGACUGAGCGGAAAAAUCCUGCAUAUAGACUUUGGGGAUUGUUUCGAGGUGGCUAUGACCAGAGAGAAGUUCCCGGAGAAGAUCCCGUUCCGCCUCACGCGGAUGCUGACCAACGCCAUGGAGGUGACUGGCCUCGAUGGAAAUUACCGGAUCACGUGCCAUACCGUGAUGGAGGUGUUACGGGAACACAAGGACAGCGUCAUGGCCGUGCUGGAGGCCUUUGUGUACGACCCGCUGCUCAACUGGAGGCUGAUGGACACCAAUAUAAAAGCCAACAAACGUUCUCGCACGCGGACAGACUCCUACUCGGCCGGACAGUCUGUGGAAAUGCUGGAGACGGUGGAACUGGGCGAAACGGCCCAUAAAAAGCCUGGAAGUACCGUUCCCGAGUCCAUCCAUACCUUCAUAGGUGACGGUCUGGUGCAGCCGGAAGCUUUGAAUAAGAAAGCUAUCCAGAUCAUUAACAGGGUCCGAGAUAAGCUAACAGGUCGAGACUUUUCUCAUGAAGACACUCUAGAUGUGGCCACUCAGGUGGAACUACUGAUUAAACAAGCCACGUCCCAUGAAAACCUGUGCCAGUGUUACAUCGGGUGGUGUCCUUUCUGGUAGGAAGGAAUGAGUAUGAACCUCAGCACCGUUCCUACAAGGCAGCGGAUUUGUCUUCAAAUACAGUUCAAGCAACUUCUGCCCCAAAAUAUGUGUUUGACUGCAGUGUUUAUCCCUGGACGGGAGGGAGAGUUUAAAGUCGCACCGCAGCCCUGCGUUAACCUGUGAUACCUUGGGUUUGUGUAUAUAUCUAUACAUACGUUAUCGUCCUCUGUAACUUUAAUCAUGCUCCGAAUGCGUAGGAUGACGGGUGGACGGAUCGCCCGCGAGACACGGAUCCUCGCGUCUUCUGACAGCCGCAAAAUUAAGAGAGGGUGACACCGGCUCCCCGCCUUCCUUAUCAAGAAAAAGAAAGAAUCGAUCAUGUUUGGGUCACUUCGCUGUAAUGGACUAUAAUGGCCGGUAACAAAAUGUACACGUGAUACAGACUGGGUUUGUAUAAACAGUCUUUUUUUUUUUUCACCCGUAAAUGAUUAAAACGAUUAAAAAAAAAAAAAAA